AUGUCCAGCUUCAAGAAUAUCAGACGGGUGCUCAUUGCCAACAGGGGCGAAAUUGCUGUGCGGAUCAUCAAAACUUGCAACAAGUACCAGCUGACGGCCGUUGCCAUCUACUCUAAAGAAGAUCUUGAGUCACUUCAUGUGAGUUUAUCGGAUGAGGCUUACUUGUUGAGCGGAGUUGGAGCCAGCGCAUACACCAACAUCCCAGAGAUUAUCGAGCUGGCCACGAAGCACAAUAUCGACGUUGUUAUUCCUGGCUAUGGCUUUCUUUCUGAGAACUCAGAGUUUGCAGCAGAGCUGGCCAAGAACGGCAUUCUUUUUGCCGGUCCUUCUUCAGAGUCGGUCGAACAGUUUGGUUUAAAGCAUCUGGCUCGUGAUAUUGCAAUCAAGGCAGACGUGCCUGUGGUUCCUGGAACCAGUCUGAUCAGCGACAGCCAGGAGCUAGUUUCUGAAUGUAACAAAAUCGGGUAUCCUGUGAUCUUGAAGGCCACAGCAGGAGGAGGAGGAAUGGGUCUUAAGGUCUGCUACAACGAAAGCGAACUUGUGGCUAACUUCGCUGAGGUCACUUCCAGAGGCACGUCUCUUUUCUCCAAUGCCGGUGUUUUUGUCGAAAAGUACAUCGAGAAAGGUCGCCAUAUCGAAGUCCAAAUGUUUGGUAACGGUCUGGGUGAUGUGGUCACCUACGGAGAAAGAGAGUGCUCUAUCCAGAGAAGACACCAAAAAGUCAUUGAAGAGUGUCCCUCGCCGUUUGUGUCGGAUCUUGGUAGCAAGCACAACCUGCGCGAACGUCUGAGCCUGGCAGCAAAACGUCUGGCCUCUACCAUCAAGUACAAGUCUGCCGGCACAGUCGAGUUCUUGGUGGACGACACGACCGGCGACUUCUACUUUCUGGAGGUCAACACCCGGUUGCAGGUGGAACACGGAAUUACAGAAAUGGUGUAUGGCGUCGAUUUGGUUUAUUUCAUGCUGUUGCAAGCAGAAUACGAAAGCAACUCGUCUGGGAUUCCCGUUGAAAUUUUGAAAGCCAAUUUGAAAUACGACAAAAACGGCGUCGAGAUCCCCAACGGCCAUUCGAUAGAAGUCCGUGUGUACGCGGAAAAUCCAGUUCGCAACUUUGCUCCGUGUCCCGGAAUUUUGCAUAAUGUCUCGUUGCCGGAAGACGGCACUUACGGGGAAUACCAGGUGCGAAUUGACCACUGGAUUGAGACCGGUAGCAAGGUGUCGCCUUACUUUGACCCGCUUCUGGCCAAGGUGAUGGUCUGGUCUCCAGUCCGGACGAGUGACAACAUGAUCAGAGUUCUGAAAGAUAUCAAAAUCCAGGGCCCAGUAAACAACGUGGAGUAUUGUGUUCAUAUUCUGGACAGCCCCGAGUUCCGCUCAGGAAAUACGCUGACCAGCUUUUUAUCAGGAUUUGUCUUCAAGCCGCAUUUAAUUGAGUUCGAAAGCGGAGGAGCAUACACCACCAUCCAGGACCUUCCUGGAAGACGUAAGGUCAGGUUUGGAGUGCCUAUUGGUGGUCCAGUUGACCCGCUGGCUUUGCAAAUAGCAAACGUCAUUGUUGGUAACCAUUUGCACUGCGAAGCUCUCGAAAUCAACCUCAAGGGUCCGGCUAUCCGUUUCCAUGCUCCAGCAGUGGUUGCCCUUGCUGGUGGCAGAUUUAAAGUCACACUUGAUGACAAGGAUGUUCCUAUGUAUACAGAGUUGUUCAUCCCGGCGGGCAGUCUCCUUGAAAUAGAAGAGCCCCUAGGCUCUGCCGCAAAAUGCUAUUUGGCAAUCAAAGACGGCUUCCCUGGAGUUGCCAACUACCUUGGCUCCAAGGGCUGUCUGCCAAGUUUGCAACUUGGUGGCCACCAGGGAAGAAUUAUUCUCCCAGGAGAUUGUCUUGAUAUCUCAGAACGAGAGCCAUUCGAGGUCUUCAAGACCGGCUACCAAUUCCCUGAGUCGCUCAUUCCUGACUACGAAAGACUCACGAACGUCGUCCGUGUUAUUGGCGGUCCUCAUGACACGCCAGAUAUUGUCUCUGAAGAAGGAAUGGAGCAACUCUACUCCAUUCCAUACUCUGUUAAUUUCAACUCCAACAGAGGUGCGACCCGUCUGGACGGCCCAGAAAUGAAGUUUAGCAGGCCUUCGGGUGGUGACGGCGGUGGCCACCCAAGUAACGUGCUAGAAUAUCCUUAUCCUACCUGUGGUUUGUCUGCUGUUGGGUCUGUGAUGACUCUUUACGGGCCGGAUGGAGCCACUGCCUCUGGAUUUGUCUGCAUUUUUGCUCCUGCGGAGGCAGACUUUUGGAAGUUCGGCCAGGCUGCCAUCAACAGCAAAAUUCACUUUACUCCUAUCACGUACAACGAUGCUAUCAAACUCAUGAAGCAGCGGAAUGAGUAUCUGGAGGAGAUUUCCAAACGUCCUAGCAGCUCGUCCAUAAAGUUCAACGACGAGCUUCCUGAGUACGAGCCACUAGAUAGUAAGGUUGGCAAGUUCUUGUACAGACGACAAUUGUCAGAAACCUUGCCAGAGGUUUGCUUUAGACAGGCAGGAGAAAGAAUGAUUGUGAUCGACUUUGGUAACUUGGAAUUCGAUCUCUUCAAAAACGGCCGCCAGCACGUGAUGGAGACGGAAAUCAGAAAACAGCUGCCAGGAAUGUUUGAGAGCAUAGAGUGCUGUACAGGAGCCAUGGGAGUCCUGUUUGAUCCAAUGGAAGUGGACAGAGCUGAUCUGUUGGAGAAACUGAUCAAACUGGAAGCUUCUAUCCCGCAGAUUGACAAGCUGAAGAUUCCAUCAAGAACAUUUAGACUGCCUGUCGCCUUUGAACAUUCGGCCCUCGACCACUGUUUGGAGAGGUAUAUGCACUCUCAACGCUCCCAUGCCACGUACUUGCCAAAAAAUACCGACUAUCUCAUGAAAGCAAACCUUAUCAAGGACAUGGAGCAGUUUAAGAGCUGCAUUAUAGGCAAGCCCGAAAUGGUGGUUGCAAUUACGUUCCUAUGUGCUAACGUGCUGAUGGCCACUGUGGAUCCUCGAUGCAGACUUUCUGCCUCGAAGUACAACCCUACACGUACGUCGACUCCUAGCGGAACGAUUUCUACCGGGUCUGUGUUGCAAUCCAUCUAUCCCCAGGAAUCCCCUGGAGGAUAUAUGAUGUGGGGUAUGACGCUGCCAAACUGGUACUGGGAUACGUUCUGCAGAAUCCACGAGAACCCAUGGCCUUUUAGAGUGUUUGACCAGGUGGUUUUCUAUGAGGUUGACGAGGAAGAGCUGCAAAGAAUGAACAAUCUACUGCUCACGAAAAAAAUGAAGAUCGAGCCUACCGAGGGUGUUUUCGAUUUCGUGGAGUACAGGAGUUUCCUUGACUCGAUUGACGACGAGCUCAAAGAUUUGAAAAAACGCAAGCUUCAGGCUUUUGAAGAGUGCAAUCGUGAGGAACAGGCUGACUUUGAGCUGUGGCAGCAAGAAAAGGCUGCUGCUGCUGCCUCCAAAUCAAAAUCCGACGACAUUAGCAACGUUCCUGGAGCAAUCAAGAUCACGUCGCAUAUGCCAUCCAACGUUUUCAAAAUCAAGUGCAAGGCCGGAGACGUUGUUGCUAAAGAAGAUCCGCUUGUGAUUCUGGAAGCCAUGAAGAUGGAAAUUCCUGUGCAUAUCAAGGACAAGUCUAGUUUCCAAAAAUAUGAGGUUCUGGGAGUUAUUGUCGAGGAGGGAGAUAUCGUCAACCCCGGCGAUGUUCUUAUGAUCAUCAAGGGUGUGGAGUCGGUUAUCUAAUCAGUCCCGCAAUUGCAAACGAAGAAAUAUCUUAACUGCCACAAAUGUAGGAGGGCCAAAUUUGCCGGACAUGAGCCAUAGUUUGGGCUCAAGUAGUGAGUAUGAAGUAGGCUUUUCUAAAUUCCAGCAGAACCAGCUCCCAAUUCCAAAAUCUAGUUUUUUAAUUUUGGCUCAAUGACAAUGUCUACUUCUUCGACCUCCUCAUCUUCGUAGAUAUAGUGUAUUGUUUCACUAACUUGGGACCGUUUAUCCGGCGAAAAGUAGCUGGUGACAAUGUACACUGCGAACGACGAGAAAAACCCAUAGAAGUAAGACAUGUACCAUAGCUCCAAGAUACCAGCAUUUAAAGAAACGUUCCCGACCUCCGAUGCCAGGCCUGGGAGACACGGCACAUUUCCAACCAGAAACGCGAGCGCAGCACGCCAGUUGAAUCCCUUGUAGUAACUGUACCUACCGUUUGGAUCAUACAAGGCAGGGACGUCCAGGUGCUGCUUUUUUAUGACCCAGUAAUCGGCUAUGAUUAUGCCAGUAAUAGGAGCCAAAAAGCUGGAAAGACCAGAAAUAAAAGUCACCAGCUGAGCUGCCGAGUUUUCUAUUUUCCAGGCCUGCAGAACCCAGCCGGAAAUGAUUGUAAUAAUCACUGCUCCCCGACGGAUAUUAAUGUACUCGGGGAACAGCGAGACAAGGUCGUUGGCUCCAGUUAUGACGUUGGCGGAAAGAUUUGUGCCAAUUUGGGAAACACACCAAGCAGCGCACACAAAGAAUGAAGCAGCACGGCCUUUGGAGCCAGUAGCCGUCCAGUGCUCGGCAAACUCUGUUGGAGACCAGAUGUAGGACCCGUACACCAUUUUACCGGCGGAAGAGGCCACCAGAGACAUCAUGGUCACAAACGUGGCCCAGGCGGGCAGCACCACGACCUGCGCGUACUGUGCCUUGGAACGGUCGUUCAUGUAUCUGGUGAAGUCGGCUAUGUUGGUAGCCAUGGUGGCCCAGCCGGCGACAUUGGAGUUGAGCAGUUUUACGUACAGCCACG